GAUUUUCUUAGUUGCAAAGUAAGUUUGGCUGCUUCGGGUCUUGGAGCAUCGUCUUCUUCGAAAAAGCUUAACAGAUCAGGGUCGUUUCUCCGGUUUGGUCCAUUCUCACUUGCGAUUCCUCAAACACACUCCUUUUCCUUCAAUUUUUAGUAGGUUUGAGUCUUAAAUUGAAGAAUGCCUUCGGCUCAGGACCCAUUUUAUGUGGUUAAAGAGGAGAUUCAAGAAUCUAUUGACAAGUUGCAUUCUUCCUUUCAUCACUGGGAACGUAUUCCUGCCAAUACUGGAGAGCAAGUACAUCUUGCAAAAGAGUUACUUGCUAGUUGUGGGAGCAUUGAGUGGCAGGAAGGUGGAUGAAUUGGACAAAACGAUUGCUGUAGCAGCUAGGGAUCCUGCUUUAUAUGGCAUUGAUGAGACAGAACUUGGAAAACGAAGGAGAUGGACCAGCAAUGCACGUACUCAGGUGAGCACGGUAAAGAAGGCCCUUACAAGAGGAAAGGAGACAAAUGGUACUGGCACCACAUCUGCAAAUGCGAUGCGCCGAGAGCUAAUGAAGCUGCCACAUCCGUUUGGGACAGAUAGACCCGACCCUUACUCUGCCAAUGAUAAUGAUGAUUUCAUUGCAUCAGAAUCAGAUAGACAGUUGCUUCUUAUAAAGCAACAGGAUGAGGAGUUGGAUGAACUUAGUGCAAGUGUGCAGAGAAUUGGAGGUGUUGGGCUUACUAUACACGAAGAGCUCCUUCAACAGGAAAAAAUCAUCGAUGAAUUGGGCACGGAAAUGGACAGCACAUCAAACCGUCUUGACUUUGUUCAGAAAAAGGUGGCUAUGGUUAUGAAGAAGGCUGGUGCAAAAGGCCAGAUUAUGAUGAUACUAUUUUUGGUGGUCCUGUUCAUCAUCCUUUUUGUCUUGGUCUUUUUCACUUAGUGUAAAGUGUGAAGCAUGUCUGCCAAGAUUGUGUGAAGCAUGUCUGCCAAGAUUAUAAAUAUAAGAGAGAUCCUGCUCUUUUAGGAACUCUUGCCCUUUUGAGGAAUACAGAUGAUUUGAUAAUGCACCAAAAAAAGGGGGGGAUCCGUAGACCUUGGAGGGCCUACAAUUUUUGGGAACUUGAUAUUGAACUUGGACUGAAAAAAAAGUGUAUGUAAAACUACUUCAUAUUAUGGUUAUUAGCUUAUGCCA